AUGGCGCCCGAGGCCCCUGCGGACACGGCAGGCCCGUCAUCCCCACCGCCUCAACUUCCAGAAGGCUGGCUUCCUCAAUGGGAAGGUGUUCAACGAAAGUGGUAUUACGUGCAGCGCACGACCGGGAAAUCGCAAUGGGAGAUCCCCACCGAACCAGUCGUCCUGACCCCGUCGACAACGCCAAUUCCGAUCGGGACAGGACCAUCGCUAACGCCAACGCCACACCUGACAAGCGACAGUAAUCGGGCAGCAGAGUCAGGGGACACAAUGACGGGCGGGAGCUAUUCGGCGGCGGACAGUGCGAGAAUUUCCAAUUCCCUUCACCCCCAGAUACAUGGGCAGUCCCAAAAUCCAAUGCUUGGAUCUUCCGGGGUACCAGGUUGGUAUUUGAACCAUACCGGACAACAUUUGCCCGGCGGAUAUGGGCAACACCUUCCGGCAAACACACCGGGAUAUGGUCUGAAUCCAUUACAACACGGCCCUGGUGGAGAGAUGAAUGGCCCACAGUCGGCAUUAUAUGCGAGUCAGACCCACCCGAGUUACCAAAUCGCUGGUCUUCACCAUGUGGGCCACAAUAUACCCCCAGCAGCGUGGGGUAAUAAUCCAGGUAUCUACCAAGGUCAUCCAAGUGGUUACAGCGUGGGUCAGAAUCCACAGUCUUUCCAGGGAUUCCCUGCAGGUCCACUGCAUAAUCAUCAGCCGCCGGCAUCGUGGGCAGUAAGCAGCAACCUACAAAGUCAAAUGGCGAGGGAAACGGCUGAAGUAUCUCCUCCCCAGCCCCAAUGGCAACUGCAGUCGCAGCAAGGUCAUUUUGACCGCUCUAACGAGGAGGGCCGUAUGAAUGUGCAUCCAUCCAACCCACCCCGGCCACGAUUUGGGUCAUACCCAUCCCACCAGAAUGAAGAAUCAUCUUCGGUAGAAUUUGGUCGCCGUUCUUCGAAUAGCGCUCUUAUUCACGAGCUGCAGCCCUACCAGUCGUCCCUGGGAAACCCCACAGAAAAUCCACCACACUCUGCAGUCGAUCAGGGUAGAAUCGGCCAAGGCUAUUCUCUCUCACGUUCCCACUCACACAACCCUCCGAAAGAUCCUGCGUUGCAGGGAUUCUCACCGCUGCAACAUGUACAGGGUCAAUAUCAACAGCAGCACAUGAUACGGGCACAUUCGGACAUAUCUCUCACGCAAGACAGCCAACAAUAUUAUAACCCGUUGGCACAAGGUGGUGUCACUCAAUACUUUACGCAGCAUCAGCUUUCUUCUGGUGGCGGGCCAGCCGGAUUUCCCGAGUCGGCACACGUUCAUCAAGUUCCUUACCAUCAACCGAACCAGUAUCCCGAACAUCCACCAGGCGAACCAAGGAGACCUUUGGAGUCACAGUUUGUUAGUGGACCAUGGACCUCAGCCCAGCCAUCUGCUGCGCAGCGGUAG